AUGGUGUCACCAAAGGUUUCUUCCUUCGUGCUUUCCGUAUCAAUAGCACUUAAUUCCUUGAAGAAUGUUCUUUUCAAGCACAAAUCUUUUCUAAGCCUCAAUGUUCUCGCCAAUAUACCAGAGAGUGCAUCUUCAACUCGCCUAGACGAGACACCACAGAAAGAAGAUACAUUGUCCUCCCUAACAACUCUAUUGUUAAACACAUUUCCAGCUUUUUUUUUCAACACCAAAUUCAAAGUAUCCAUCACUGCCUCCACAACAGUCAAGAGCAUCACCAAUAAGGGAAACCAUCAAGUCAAAACUACCGCAGGAGUAUACACAAUACCUUGCAAUGACUGUGAUCAAGUAUACGUGGGAGAAACAUUAAGAGACCUCCACACACGCAUGUGUAAACACAAAUAUGUCAGCAGAAUGGGUCACCUGAACAACGUCUGUUUCACAAGCUCCCACAACCACCUGAACAAUUAUAAUGCCGCACGACUCAUUGUCAUAGAAGACACUUCAAAAAUGCAGGAUUCUGGAAUCGUCGCUAAUCAGUAUAUUAAAAACUUCAACCAGAACAACGGCUUCUACGACAUAGCUCAGUCUUUUGUCAGGAAACUUCUUGAUCGCUAUCUCACACAGCAACAGGUCAUAGUGGCCCGGAUCAUCCAGGAGGACAAGCUGCUACCUACGCUGAUGGAGACACAGGGUUACACCGCCUUCAUCCCCACCAACGACGCCCUCAGAGCCUACCAGGCACCUAAAGACCGCAGGCUUGUUCAGUACCAUCUCGUGAAUCUACCAUACAUGGUGCAGGAGAUGCCAGAUGAGUUGAACACUGAGCUGUCGGGCAACCCUCGGGUAUAUGUGUCGCGCCUGCCUUCCGGGAAUCCAGCCAUCAAGGGCUGGGAAAAUUUUAAUUACUACAUUAACAAUGCCAAGAUCAUUGAUGCCAACCACAUAGCUUUUAAUGAGGAGGGCACCAAACAGGUUCUGCACAUUGUGGACCAGGUGAUAGUGCCCACGGUAGCCAAGAUUGGAGCCAAUACCACUACAGGUAUUGCUGCUGGUUUUAUCACCCCAGAUGCACAGAAGCUGCUGCUGAAGCCUCAGCUUUAUGGACUUGUGGAUAACUAUUCAAUCUCAGAAUUUGAAAAUCGUGUUUCCAACCUGGAUCUUCUCGAUGUUUUCAACAUCUCGGGAAAGAACACUUUCUUCAUCCCUGUCAACCAGGCACUGAAUGUACCUGUAUUGCGCACGGACAAGGAUUUAAUAGACAAACAAGUCAUCCAUGGCCAUGUUGUACCUGGACAUGUUCUUUUCACGCGCACCGUGCAAAAUUCAAAUGACCAGUAUGAGAGUUUGGCAUUUACCGACAACUUGAAGGUGUUUAUCUCAAUGGAAAAUGUCAGCAAUCCUGACCAUAAGGAUACAACUUAUUAUGUCAAGAGUAAUACUGUAGCUAGUGACAUAUCACACAACAAGGGCACAGUACUGGCAAGAAUUACAAAAGGAAACAUAGCAGUUAAAAAUGGUGUUGUUCAUCUCAUUGAUCGCCCUCUGAUGGUUGUAGCUUCCAGUAUUAUAUCAUACCUGCAGGAAACGAGAGGACAGCUGAGUAAGUUCUACACACUUAUUCGUGAACACUACCAAGACAUGACUCAUCAACUUGUUGUGGAACCGGACCUCACACUAUUUGCUCCUUCCAAUGAAGCAUUUAAUAUGGUCAACAGUGAACGUCUUAAUCAGGUGAUAGCUAACAAAGAUAAGCUGGGAAAGUUGCUCAAGCUUCAUCUUGUAAAACGCCGCCUCACUACAGAUGAAAUCGUCGACAGAAGCACUCGUGAGAUCUUCCAGGAGGAAACUCUGAGCAAUCAUCGCAAGCUUUAUUUUGCUGUCAACGAACCAGAUGCUCUGGUUCCUGUUGUCUCACUUGAGGGAGGUGGUGUUAAUGCUACUAUCACCACACCAAACAUUGCUGCCAAGAAUGGAGUUAUUCACAUCAUAGACCGUAUUCUAGGCAUUCCAUCUCAGACUGUGUAUGAGAAACUUGCCUCCGACCCCAUGCUCAGGUAAUUUAUUGCUGAUAUUUUAA